UCCGCCGCUUUGGCCAGGCAUGAAGUGUGGCUGCCUGGGUCCGACGUGCUGCGGCAUCUGCGGCCUUGCUGACGUUGCUGGCCGGCCGCGACUCACGCGCGACAAUGCCGCGCAAUGGACGCCUCCGCCGCUGCCCGACAAGAGGAACGAGGACAAGGCCGCCGAGCGCAAUGCAGAUGAUGGGCUGCCGACGCUGUGGUUUUGGCAGAUGGAAGGCUACCGGUGGCCGCUCGACGCAGCUGGCAAGGGCAUCGGGCGCAUCUACAACACCGCCUCGAGAGCCUGGACACGCCUCGCUGGUGACGACGACUUCCGAGCGGACGAGACGGGGGGGCGCUACCUGCGCGCGGAUGCGCAAAGAGAGCGAGAGAAGGAGCAGGAGAGGGCAGAGGAGGCGCAGCAGUGGGCCGAGACGGCUGCGGCCGAUCAGCAGGCCAGGCGCUCGCGCGUGGAGCAGCGGCGUGCAGCGGACGAUCAGAUCUGCUCACGCCACACGCGUGUGAGUGCGCCGCGCGCGGCUCGCGAGGAUGUGCGAGGGCGGAGGCUGCGGCAGUGGGCGAAGCGCUUCCGCGCGCCGCCGUCGUCGGGCGACGAGUCGUCCGAAGACGACGACUUUAAGCUCCAGCUCAGCUUGUGCCGGUCUCGGGCUGACCGGCGUGAGAUGCGCUUCUGGCGCCGCUGGGAGCGCGACGGGCGCCCCGAGAUCAUUCAUCCACCGCCGCCCACGCCCGAGCAGAUCGCAGCGGGCCUCAUCGAGGAGCUGGUGUGCACGCUCGAGUACGAGGCGCGCAAGGCCGAAGUCAUCGCCGACGGCGCCACGCUGUACAACAAGAACUGCUUCCGCAUCGACGCGCAGUCGCGGCGGCAUGACGACGACGACGCUGCCUUCGUGGCGUACCCGGACGGCUCGCGGAGCUGGGUACAUCGGCCCUUCCGGACGACGUACGACCCGAACGGCGGCAACGCGCCGGCGGACCUGCUCGGCGAGAAGGAUCCGCGCCUCCUCGUCAUGCCAUGGGCGACCGACUACUGCUUCCGCGAGCCGGACGUCGUGGAGGGCGCGACUGCCGAGGAGGUCGCGCAGGAGCACCUCGAGUUCCGCCGCUGCUGCACACACGACUGGUGCUUCGAGGUCGGCGUGCCGUGCACCGUCGACGAUCCGGAGCGCGUCCUGGUCGCCGUACUCAGCGUGCAUGAGACGUGGCACAUCUCGCAGCUCGUCGAGUGCUGGCGGGAGACCCGGCACGUCUUCGGCAUCGACGCCUUUCCGCGCAGCACCGACAUCCGACCGAGCGACGCCGCCGCCUCGAGCGCAGCACCGCCGCCGCCGCCGCGCCAGCCGCGCGAGCUUGUGCUGCCCUUUUGGCGAGUGCCCGUUGGCGGCUUCCCUGACAACUGCAUCCCCCAACCGUACGACGAGUAUCUCGAGUUCAAGCAGAUCGUCGAGCCGAUCGUGCAGCGCACAGGGCGGGAUUACUUUGCCGUUUGGAACGAGCAGUACAAAGAGCAUCAGGCGCAGUCGCCGUGCCUCCGCUCUAGCCGCGACGUGCGGCUUGGGCUCGAGCAGCAGCGGCUGGCGUGCGGCCAGCACCAUCUCCGCCCCCUGCAGCCGGUGUGCGUGCGCGUGAGGCCGCGGCGAGACUCGCCAGCCACAGAGGCUAUCGCACGCGAAAAGGGCGUCUUUGCGCCUCAUCUGCCGAAUAGCGAGGCGGCCUUCAAAGCGGGGCUCUCGGCCAAGGCGCAGAAGUGGGAGCAGCGCUACGUGUGCAUCUGCGGCGCCUCGUACGAGGAGAUGCUGCUCGUCGCGCGCAGCGACGACAUCGCCCGGCAGUCGCGUGAGGUGUAUCACGAGAUCCGCAGACAGUGGAUGAUCGAGGAGGAGCGCAAGGAGCAAGAGCGAGAGGAGGCGAUUCAGCGAAAGCGCCAGAGAGCGACGCGGGCAUCAGGUCUGCUCAAAGGGCUGUCGGCGAUGAAGACGCUGAUCGAAUCGUCUGCCGCCGACCCGCUCGUCGCGGUCGCUCGAGGCCGCUCCGUGAGCAUUCUGUGCGCCUCAUCGUCGCAGCAGCCGCCUCCACCGGCGACGCCUUGCUGCACGCUCGACGCGCCGGCGGCGGUGCUGCGGUGGGCGCCCGACUCGCCGCCGCGGCUGCUCGCCGCCUCUGCCCUUGGUGAGCUUGCGUUGUGCGAAGCCGCUCGUGUGGCGGGCGCGAUCAGCUCGCCACUCUCGCGCACCGCCACCUUCUCGAGCGAUGUGCUCCUCGCCCUCGAGUGGCUGCGCCCGUCGCCGCUGCGCGAGCGGCAGCCAGGGGCUGGCGGGUCGGCAUCGUGCUGCUCGUUCGGCGACGGCGAUGCCUUUUUGGCCGUCUCGGCAUCCCUGGUGGUCUCGCUCCACUGGCGCUCUCGCUUUGCGGCCGAGACUGCCGCCGACACCGCCAGCGGCUGGAGCUCGGCGAGGGGAAGGCUGCCGGCCGCCGACUGCUCCGCCGACUGCGCAGCGGUGGGGAGCGGCGAGGGCAGCCCGCCGGUGGUCGCCGUCUCGCGCGGCGCGAGGGUGCUGCUCGCGCGCGUCGCGCUGCUCGACCCGCCCCCGCUGCGAGCCGCCGGUCAGCUGGUGCUCUCCCCUGUCGCAGAGCUGCUGCUCGCCGGCCCACCAGCCCGUCCGCCGAGCAGCGGCCCGCAGUCCACGAGGCCGCAGAGCUCCGGUACGCAGACCGCCGGCCGACUCUGCUGGCUCGGGGUCGGGGCGGACGGGCGAGUGGUCGCCGUCGCCAACGGAGGCGAGCGCGCCGCUGCCGAGUCGCACUGGCGCACCUGUGGUCCGCUGCUGUGCGCUCAGUUGGCGGCGGCCGCUCUGAGCCACGGCGCCGCCUCCGCCGCUGACGGCUUCCUGCUGCAGACGGCGCUGUCGGCGAGCGGCACCACGCUCAUCGAUGCCCUCCGCCGGGCGACGCCGCCCGGCGAGCAGCGGCUGCUCGGCGCGCCGGACGCGCUUCCCGCGCCGAGCGGCGCGCGCACUAGCGCCGACUACAGUGCGCUCCUCCCCGAGUGCGAGUGGCUGUUGCGGCUGCUCUGGCUCUGGCUCGCAGGGCGGCGGGCUGCGAGCGAGGGCGCGGCGCCGCUCCCGUUUGGCGAGGCUGCUGACUGGGCGGCUGCGGGCCCGUGGGCGGCGCUCCCUCCUCCGGUGCGUGCGGUUCUGCCGCUGGCGACGGCGAUCGCGCUCAAGCGGGCGAGAGCGGAGGCGGCGCGAGACGAGGCGCGGCGCGACGAGGCCGAGCGGCGCAAGUCGCUUCCCGGCGCCGUCGCUUCGGCCGGCGGCGGCUCGAUGCACGCGGCGCAGCUGCAGGCGUUGCACCGUGCCGCCGCGCCCCACCUCAAGCCGCAGCCAGCCGAUGCGGGCGACGAGCAAGAACCUCCGCCCCCGCCGGGCGCCGCCGACGCGUGGGCGCUCUUUGGCGCCCGCUGCCGGCUCGGCCUCUCCGCAGCGGACGGGCACGCGGCGUGCGUCCCGCCGCGCGAAGUGCCUCCGAUCGCCGACACCGUGGAGAGCGGGCCGCUGCGCGCAUACCGGGCGCUGGUCGAGCGGGCCGGAGUGCCGCUGCCAGCACAGUACGUGCACGGCGUGCCGGUCGGCUGA